AACGCAUCGCACAGACCCGGAAGUGUGUUGUCAUUGGCAGCACAGCGAGCUGCCUUAAAUAACCGCGGACUGAGCUCCCUUGGCAGCGCCGUCGUGUGUUAACUCCCCCUAUCGCCGGGUCACCAGGCAACACUCCAUCAAUAAACCGAUAGGUGAAAGCGUACCUGCCCAGUUCUGACGCUCUCUUCGUCGGCGCUAUCACCUUACAGCGCCGCUGGCUCCGCUCUCCCAGCCCCCCUGGUUAGCUUAGCUCGCUAACAGUCGCGACGUUUCGGCACGCGAGUAAAUGGGAUAGCUGUUCCUCAUUGCGAUUGACCUCAAGAGGCGGUUAGUUGUGCUGUGCUGUUCGCUGCUGAGCCUGUCCUGUCCUGUCCGCUCGUCCAUCGCUGUGACCAGAGGCUGCCAUGGAGCCGCGCGGGGCCGCGGGCUGCGUCAACAUCGGGACCCUAACGAGCACUCUGCCGGCGAUCCCUUACCAGAAGCUGACGGACCUGUACUACCUGAGCAGAGGGGGCUUCGGCACCGUCUUCAAGGCGCAGCACUCCGACUGGAGGACCACCGUGGCCAUCAAGUGCCUGAAGCUCGACUCGGUCGGAGAAAGAGAGAGGAACUGCCUGCUGAAGGAGGCCGAGGUGCUUCACAAAGCCAGGUUCAACCACAUCAUCCAGAUCUUCGGCAUCUGCAACGAGCCCGAGUUCUUCUGCAUAGUGACGGAGUUCAUGAGCAACGGCUCCCUGGACCAGCUGCUGCAUGAGAAAGAGCUGUACCCUGUUCUGGCCUGGCCUCUGCGUCUGAGGAUUCUGCAUGAGAUCGCCCUGGGGGUUAACUUCCUCCACAACAUGACUCCGCCUCUGUUACAUCAUGAUCUAAAGACGCAGAACAUUCUGCUGGAUGGUGAAUUUCAUGUGAAGAUCGCAGACUUUGGUCUGUCAAAGUGGCGACAGCUGUCUGUGAGUAAAGGCUCCGGGUCCAAGCCCACAGAGAUGGAGGGCACAGUGAUCUACAUGCCCCCGGAGGAGUACGAGCCAUCUAAGACCCGGCGGGCUGAUGUCAAACAUGACAUGUACAGCUAUGCCAUCAUCAUGUGGGAGGUGCUGUCCAGGCAGAUCCCGUUUGAAGAGGUGACGAACCCCAUGCAGAUCAUGUUCAGCGUGCUGCGCGGGAAGCGUCCCGACACCAGCCAGGACAGCUUGUCCGCCGACAUCCCCAGCAGAGAGACGCUCAUCAGCCUAAUGACCAGUGGCUGGACCGCCAACCCCGACGAACGGCCGUCCUUCCUCAAGUGUUUGAUUGAGCUGGAGCCGAUGGUGAGAAGGUUCGACGAAAUAGACUUCCUGGAGGCCGUGCUGGAGAUCAAGAGGUCAAAGCUGAGACGGAGCUCAGACUGCUGUGCAGCGCAGCCUCCGGCGUGUGAGAGGAGCAACGAGGCUGGAUCUCUGAAUAACCUGAAGGAGCGCGUCACCCCAUGGCCUCUGCAGUGCACCUCACAAGCUUCCUGUUUAGGAUCUUACUCCUCCCAGGAAGAAAACAUCUCCCAACCAGGCGCCCUCAUCAGCACCAAUGCUGCUUCCUCUAAACAAAGCCUUCCCUCCUCCUUCAUAGCUCCUAAUCUGGAGCAUCCGCAGUCUCUGAAAGACCCCUGUGAGGUGAACGGCUGCCAGAGCAACAAGCCGAUGAAUGAUUUGAACAUCCCCGUCGCCCCCGCCGCCGAGGCUGAAACGCUGUUGGAAAACCUCUGCCUGAAAGCAGCUGAUUACUCUCCUCCCCUGCGCCACUCCCCUCCUUCGCAAGGCCCCGUCGCCCGCUGGAUGGCGACGCGGCGCGAGGACAUCGUCCUCCAGAUGACGGAGGCGUGUCUGAACCAGAGCCUGGACGCGCUGCUGGCCCGCUCCAUGCUGAUGCGCGAGGAUUACGAGCUGGUGGUCAACCAGCCCACGCGCACCGCCAAGGUCCGCCAGCUGCUGGACAACUGUCACAAGCACGACGAGGACUUCUGCCGCAUCGUCGUGCGCAAGCUGGUGGACAAUAACCAGGGGGGCCUGAAGCCCUACCCGCCCGAGAUCGGCUCCCCCACCACGGCCGCCGUGCCCAGCGCGCCGCCGCUCCUCGCCUCCUGCAGCGGCCAAAGGAACUUGUAGCAGCGGCCGCAGGGAGGCAACAGAAACUGUUCAGGUUGUUGGCGGCAUUACACUACAGUUCCCCCUCUGUGGCCCUGUUCUCAACGUGUUCCUCUCAGUUUCUACCCGGGGAAAGUCAGAGGGGAAGAGCGGGCUGCACAGCAUCACUUCCUGUACAAAUAUCAUGUCCACCCUGAGGAUUAGAUGUUUUUAUGAAACCAGACGGCUUUAGACUGUAUCAGUGAUUUUAUUUAAAACGGGUUAGAUUAGGGCGGGGG